AUGGGGCUGCACCCCAAUUUUCCAAUGCCGUAUAUGAUGCCACAAAAUUUUGGCAUGCAAUACCCAUACAACCAUCCUUAUAUGCCAUAUGGCUAUCCACCAGUCACUGGAAAUAGCUAUGUUCCAGGCCACAUGAAUGAUCCAAGCACAGAUCCGACUAUUGAUCCAAACACACCCCGUUUCAGUAGCGGAUCGACUGAUAUUCCAGAAUUUUCCACCCAGAUUUCGUUGGAAACUGCUGGAGGGGAUACUCCCCAUAGUUUUCUACCACCAACUCAACAAUCAGCCAAGAGAACAAGUUACGAUACUUGGAGCACCGAGGAGAACAAAAUCUUACUAACGGCUUAUUUUCAUGUUAGCAAUGACAGUGAAUUGGGGAUAAAUCAAAAGGGCGAUACUUUCUGGGGUAAAAUUACAGACUAUGUGAACGAGCGCACACAAAGUGGGAAACAGAGGACUUCAGGGCGGUGUUCUGCUCAUUUUCGACAUUUGAAUAAAAAGAUAAGCAGCUUUGUUGGUUGUUAUCGUGCUGCAUGCAAGGAGAGGCGAAGCGGUUGGUCCGAUGAGAAUUACAUAUCCAAGGCUGUAGAGUUGUACCAAGAGAAUGAAAAUGCGAGGUUUACGUUGUUGGAUGAGUGGAAGCUAGUUCGUCAUCAACCAAAAUAUAUGACAGGAGCAAAUGAAUCUGGCAGUAGUGGAUCUAAAAGAAAAAGUAGUGGUGAGGACGUUGAAUCUCCUUUCCCCUCACUUGUACGUCCAGAGGGGAGAGAUGCAUCGAAGAAGAAAUCUAAAGCUUCCUCAAGUAAAGCAUCCACUUCUAGAAAAGCAAAAUUCUCCAUUGAAGAGGAGUUGUCGAAAUUAACCUCUAAGAAUGACAACAUUGAACAGAACAUGGCUAAUACUGUUUCCGCCAUGCUGGAGUUUGCUGCAGGUCAGAAGGAAGUUGCACGUAUUGAGAAGAUGAAAAUGUGGAUGAUCUUGAAGAACAAAGAAGAUCGGGAUGAUGAAGAUGAAUAUGCAUAUAGGAUGUUGAAGAAGGAGUUGUUUGAAGAAAAAUUUGCAUAA